AUGUUCUCUGUCAGGGACGCCAAGGAGAUCUUCCAGCUCUUUCCUCCACAAAACACCCCAGACUUUCUCCCUUCUUUGAUACUUUCUUCUGGAGGCCAUGGCUUCUUGACGUUGGACUUUGUCAAAGCUCGAUUCAGAAGCUGCAUUCAGGAAGGAUACCUAUCCACACCCUGGCUGAUGAUCUGGACGUGGAUCCGGAUCUUGUUCUCCAACUCGUUCGAGCCCAUCCAGCUCUUACUUUACUUGGCGCCGACAACAGCAGCCCUAUCUGAUGGUGUGAUCCAGAGGUCAGAACUUGCAGAAGCACUUGACGUUGACGAGAAGAGUGUGGAUCUACUCUUGAAUGAUGUAGAAGGGGGAAUAGUGCUUGAGCAGGGACAUGUAUUCAGCAAGACUUAUGAGCGAAAAGUUUCAGAUAUUAUUGCAAAGUCGUUGCAAUCUCCAAGUGUGGAUCUAUUGCCUGUGGACAUCAAGACCCAAACUCUUCCCGGCGCACCGCCCCCUUGGUUCGCGCUGCAUGUCUUGAGAGACGUACUAGAGACCCUCUCCCUGAAACAUUCAUAUUUGGUCAAGGAGAAUCCGGAUGGAGCACAUUGCUACCCCAAAAAGCUACUUGAACAAGAUCGAGAUGCCGUUAUACAUAAUUUAGGGUGCGGGCAGCUUGCAUACAUUGAUCUUUCAUCUUUUUUCGAAACUUUCUCUGAGUUCUACGCGAAUAUCGACGACGCAGUGGAGCAUGUUCAAAUAGAGGCACACAUUGACUUGAUCAAUUCGUUUGCCGUCUCGGUCGCGAAGAGGCUGAACAUAGCGAAGGCCUGCACGCAGUCUCUGGCAGAGGACGGACGUGUCAACCUUGCACAUGUAUUGGAAGAAUAUCCGGAGAGCCUUCGGACUCGGAUCUUGCAAGACAUCACGCGCGAUAUUAAUAGCAUAUAUCGAGACGAAUAUGGCGCGUCGGCGCUACAAGUCGGAGACUUUUUAUUGGCGUCCGAAUCAUAUGAAAUGGAAAGACGCGUGCUUAUAGAUUAUGCAGAGCUUGACGCUACCUUCCAGUGGCAGCAGCUGCGGGAACAUCCAGAGAAGGAGGUGAAGUAUAACUUGGUCAACAUCGCAGGAUUGAUCACAAAGGAUCCGCUAAUCGAAGCUUUAAGCAAAGAAAAGAUUGUUAAGAAGGCUGUCGAGGAACGCUUCUGGGCCAAAAUUUCAUGGCAAGAAACAGAAAAUGAAGCGCAAUUCGCCGAGUUCUGGACGGAGCGUGUUCACUCAAGAUGCCAAGUCUAUAAAGAGGGUCUCGAUAAGGUUUCAGACGAGAAAUUACGCGAUCAGCUUUUGGAGAUUCUCGUGGCACACGUGAAGAAAGAACUCAUACCCGAAGCUAUCGCCAGAGCACAGUCACAAGGACUGAUGGUUAGCCGCAAGACACGCAAGAACAUUGGCGCAGUUGAAGAUCUUCUGAAGCAACAUGACUCAAAUCUGGCUGGCAUCCUUGCAGUUCUAAAAAAAUUCAGCAUCAAAUCCAGCAUCGAGUUGAAUGACAAAACGGUGCUGCAAGCGAAGCAAAGCAUGGCUAACGACAUGAUUCGGAGAAUGCAGAAGCAGAAGAAAUCUGAUGGCCCUGUAUUGUUCCUGACAUUGGUGCUCGUCCUCUUGGCGAAACACAAUGAGGGUGUUGUGUACGCCACCGGCAAGUUUGCACCAAAACUGCUCAAGCAGCUCAAGACCGUGUUGUCAGUGGAGCAGUAUGAACAGAUGGAGAAAUGGAAGGAGGCUGCGAAGACGAGCUCGUUAACUGCGGAGGAUAGAGCUGCGAUGAAGAGUAUGGCGGAAGCUUGA